GUGAAUAUUUGAGUUAACCACAUUGCUGGUACAGUAGUAGUAAUACCGCUUCUUAAGAUGAUACACUUCUCAGUCAGCAGCUCAUUAACAAGCUAGCUAGCUACCAUAUUGACAAUGGCUAAAUGUCAGAAAGCUAACGUGCUUUCGAAUAUUGACCACACUCCGAAAACACUGCGUGAGGUGUUACAUCUCUACGUUCGUGAAUGUUGACAUGGCGCUAGUAAGACGCGUUGGGGUUGCCCUGACUCCGAUAUUAAGAUUACCGCAACACUGUACUUUCAGUGUAUCCGCAUCUGCUGCGGCCAUUCAGAAGAUGACGCGUGUGCGUGUCGUGGACAACAGCACUCUGGGAACCACCUACCAUCACCGGGCUCCGAAGGUCAUUCACGUGUACAACAAAACCGGGCAGGGCAAGGUGGGGGACAGGGUGCUUCUGGCCAUCAAAGGGCAGAAGAAAAAAGCCCUCAUUGUGGGACACAAGAUGCCAGGGGAUCGAAUGGCACCGCGCUUUGACUCCAACAAUGUUGUCCUGAUUGAGGACAAUGGAAACCCGACUGGCACCAGGAUCAAGGUUCCCAUACCUACACACUUGCGCAAAAAGGAGGGAGAGUAUUCCAAAGUGUUGGCCAUUGCACACAGGUUUGUGUAAAACAAUUGCUACAAAUAUGGAAUAUACAUUUUUUUUUCUUUCUGAUCUUUUUUCCAAUAAAAAGAUAAUUUAACUUGA